AAAUUAAUGAAUGCUUUAGAUAUCUAUUGUAUAAUGUUAUAUAACACUGUAUUUUGCCUUUCGGAUGCGUCACAGAGUAAACGUAAUGCUAUUUAUGGAACUGGAAAUGUGAAUCCUUAUCCUGUUUGUUUUUUUUAUAAGGGAUGGGGGGAGGGUCAUGCAUUCGUUGUUCAUUUUUUUUUGUUAAAGAGUACAUCAAGGUGGCCAGGUGGCUUGGCGGGCAGAGCACUGAGUUGGUACUGCUGAGAUCCUGUGUUCAGAUCUCGACACCCGUAAUAAAUAAGCCAAAACACUGAACACAUUCAUCAAUAACACUGGCAUAAAAGGUAAUAUAUACACACAUUGGAUGCCAUUUUGGGCAAUGGCCCUUCUUAAUAGCACACAAAUUGAGAGGCCAGAGAAAUUAAGUGGAUGGCAGUUGAAUAACCCAGGUUCUCAAGUGUCUCACGUUGAUGGCCUCAGCAUAGUCCCUUGCACGAAAAAAAACCCACCUCGUUGAAACAUUUUCAUUUAAGAAUUUGACUUAAACAUUUUAUUGUUUUAUUGUUUUAUAUUCUUAUUAUUUUAUUGUUUACCUUCGACGUGACUUUACCGAAAGAACCAAGAAUAUGAAUCCCUGCAGUCACGAAAACUUUAAAUCAAAAUUUAAACAUUUAGCUUUGUUUGGACAUUAAAAGAACAGAGCUUUUGUUAUGCGUGGGAGGAAACAGAAAUGUUUGAGGAGAUAACACUCAAAGGUCCACACCAGAGGGUUCACAUGUCCACCCUCUGUGCUGCUGCCACCUACCAGCCACCUUCUACCCAGCAGGUUUGGGACUUUCACUGCGAGAUCCACCAACGUUUGCCUCCAAAGCGCUGUAUCACGCCCGCGCACAAGGGCAGCACAUUCAACUAUAUUCACUGUCCUUUGCACUGCAUUCACCUACUGAAUAUGCAUAUGUGUGUUUUUCUUAUACAUUAUAGCACUUUGUAUAUAUAUACAGAAAUCAGUAUUUUCCUUAAUGAAGUACUGUAAUUAUAUUCUUCUCCAUUUCAAUGGAUUUCGUAAUGCACAAAACAUGGCCACAAAAAAUAAUAAUGUUCAUUAUAAUGGACACAUAUUUCAUAGUUGAGCUGCGCUCUUAAUGAGCACAAAGAAUGCCAUUACUGGAGCACAAAGACAAAUUGUAUGAGGGGCCCUCAUUAAUCUCUGUUGUUGGCUAGCUGGACACAGUUCUAGCCUAAUGAGUUGUUGCCGGGUUUGGCAGAUGGAACACGAUGUUGUGUUAAGUGGGCACGAAUCUAGGGUGCGCAGAUUGGAAGCGCGCUGGUGGCAUCGAUGUAAUGAUGAUAUGAGACCGCUCUGCGAUGAGUGGGUUACAUCACGUCAUGCUCUCGGUGAUUCUGUAGUGUUGGUGAACAACUUGAGUGCGCAGAGGGUUCGCGUAUAUUUUUGCUAAAACUCAGAAAGAUGUCGACGAAGCUGAUCAAGUUUGAGCAGCUGAAGGACCCCUCGGACACUUGGGAGUUGGUGGAGACCAUCGGGAAGGGCACCUAUGGGAAGGUGUACAAGGCGACGAGCCGGAAGGAUGGCAGCAAGGCUGCUGUCAAGACCCUGGAUCCCGUGAACCAGGAUAUUGACGAGGAGAUCGAGGCGGAGUACAGUAUCCUCACCUCCCUGCCGGAGCACCCCAACAUCGUCAGAUUCUUUGGCAUGUACUACCAGAAGGACGGCGUCAAUGGGGACCAGCUGUGGAUCGUCCUUGAGCUGUGCAACGGAGGCUCGGUGACGGACCUGGUGAAGGGCCAACUGAAGCGCGGAGAGCGCAUGGACGUCAUGCUCAUCGCUUACAUCCUCCGCGGGGCCCUGCUGGGAUUAAAUCACCUCCACAGCCACAAUAUCAUCCACCGGGACAUCAAAGGAAACAACAUUCUGCUCACUACGGAUGGGGGCAUCAGACUUGUCGACUUUGGUGUAUCAGCCCAGGUGUCAAAAACUCGGGUGGAAAGAAACACAGCAGUGGGCACCCCGUUCUGGAUGGCACCUGAGGUCAUCGCCUGCGAGCAGCAGUUGGACUACAUGUACGACAGGCGCUGUGACGUCUGGUCCAUGGGCAUCACGGCCAUCGAGCUGGGGGAUGGUGACCCCCCGCUGUAUGAGCUGCAUCCCAUGCGCGCCCUCUUUAAGAUCCCACGAAAUCCUCCUCCAACACUGAAGCAGCCAGAGCUCUGGCCUCCACUGUUCAACGAAUUUAUAGCACAGUGCCUGGUCAAGGACUUUGAGCGCCGGGCCACUGUGUCCCAGCUGCUGGAGGAUCCGUUCAUCCAGCAGGUGGAGGGCCGCGAGCAGGAACUCCAGAAGCAGCUGACGGAGCUCAUUGACCUCCACCUGCAAAUGGGCAACAUUCAGAAGAUCAGGCAUGAACGGCUGCACACAAAGAAGACGGAGUACAUGAAGUCGCGGCUGCGAGCGGAGCUGAACGUUGUGGAUGACCUUGUCAAGCUCGACGUUCUUGACGAGACCACAAUUACAGAGCAACUGCAGAAGCGCUAUGCCGAUCAGCAAAUCUACACCUACGUGGGGGACAUUCUCAUCGCCAUCAAUCCAUUUCAGAUCUUGGAUAUCUACUCCCCAAAGCACUCCGUCCUGUACCGAGGUGCGAAGCGUACGGCGAACCCACCUCACAUCUUCGCCAUCUCCGACAACGCUUACCAUUCCAUGGUCACCUACAAUGCCCACCAGUGUAUCAUCGUGAGUGGAGAGAGCGGAUCAGGGAAGACUGAGAGCUCCCAUCUCAUUGUGCAGCAGAUGACAGUUCUUGGCAAGGCCAGCGAUCGUGCACUACAGGAAAAGGUGCUGCAGGUGAACCCGCUGGUCGAGGCGUUCGGGAACGCGUGCACCAUAAUCAACGGCAACUCGAGCCGCUUCGGCAAGUACCUGGAGAUGCACUUCACGAGCAGCGGCACGGUGGCAGGCGCGCAGAUCUUCGAGUACCUGCUGGAGAAGUCCCGCGUCACCAACCAAGCCCCGUUUGAAAAAAACUUUCACAUUUUCUACUACAUGUAUGCCGGGCUUGCACAGCAAGACAAACUCCAGCAGUACUGUCUUUCCACCACCGAAGCCCCACGGUACCUCGUCAGCAGUAGCAGCCCCUCUUUGGAAGAAAUCCUCUCCACUGGCUUUCAUCGGCAGCAGUUCGAGGCCAUUGAACAAUGCUUCAACAUACUUGGCUUCACAACAGAGGAAGUUUCCUGCGUUUACAAUAUUUUGGCUGGGAUUCUCAACGUGGGAAACAUUGAGUUCAUGUCCAUAUCUACAGACCAUCAAUCUGACAAGAGCAACAUAGACCCCAACUCUACAGCCCUGGAGAAUGCGGCUGCUCCGCUGAAGGUCCGCGCUGAGGAGCUCCUAGAGGCGCUGGUUUCACGCUGCGUGGUGGCGCGCGGCGAGACCAUAAUGCGCACCAACACCGUGGAGAAGGCGAGCGACGUGCGAGAUGCCAUGGCCAAGGCGCUGUACGGCCGGCUUUUCAGCUGGAUCGUGCACCGCAUCAACACGCUCCUGCAGCCCGACAAAGACGCCAGUGAAAACAGUAAACUGAGCAUCGGCAUCUUGGACAUCUUUGGGUUUGAGAAUUUUAAAAAGAACUCGUUUGAACAGCUGUGCAUCAACAUUGCGAACGAGCAAAUUCAGUUCUACUUCAACCAGCACGUGUUUGCCAUGGAGCAGGAGGAAUACGCAAGUGAGGGGGUGGACGCAAAGCAGGUGGAGUUUGAGGACAACCGUCCGCUGCUCGACAUGUUUCUGGCCAAGCCCGUGGGGAUGCUGUCCCUGCUGGACGAGGAGAGCCGUUUUCCCCAGGCCACUGGCCAGACGCUCGUCGAAAAAUUUGAGGAUAAUGUAAAGUCAAAAUACUUUUGGAGGCCGAAAAGAAUGGACCUAACCUUCGGAAUCGACCAUUAUGCAGGAAAAGUUCUGUACGAUGCCUCAGGAUUCCUUGAGAAGAACAGAGACACGUUACCUGCUGACAUUGUGGUGCUCCUCAGGACCUCGGAAAACAUGGUGCUCAGACUGCUCUUCUCAAACCCCCUAACCAAGACAGGCAAUCUGGCUCAUAUCCGAUCAAGAGUCCCUGGUGCAUCAAAGUCUCUUCCGAGUCAAACACCAGCAAACAUAAGGAUCGAUACCAUGGAGAAGAACAAGCACCCAGGGGAAACGGUGAACAUGAAAACUCAAACUGUCUCCUCCUCUUUCAGGUUUUCUUUGAUGGACCUGCUCUCCAAGAUGGCAACGGGCCUGCCCCACUUCGUGCGCUGCAUUAAGCCCAACAACGAUCGUCAGGAGCAGAAGUUUGACCGGGAAAAAGUGCUGGUGCAGCUGCGCUACACGGGCAUCCUGGAGACCAUCCACAUCCGACGGCAGGGCUUCUCGCACCGCAUCCCCUUCCAUGAAUUCGUCAACAGGUACUACAUCCUUGCCUUCAAAGCCGACUCGCCCCCACCAGGCAAACAAGAAACGUGUGUUGAGAUCCUUGAGAAGGUUAAAAUGAAAAACUGGGUGCUUGGCAAGACAAAGGUAUUCUUAAAGUACUACCAUGCAGAACAUCUCAAUCUGCUGAUCAAGGAGAUGGUGGAGAGGCUCGUGAAACUGCAGGCCUAUGUGCGCACCAGACUUGCCGUCAAGAAAUUCAGAAAGCUCAUGGAAGAACGGACCCACAGUGCCCUCGUCAUACAGUCAGGUUUCCGUGGAUACCAAGUACGCAGAGAGUACCGUGAGCAGAAGAAGAAACGAGAGGAUGCUGCCAUCUGCAUUCAGUCAGCGGCACGGGGGCACAAAGCCAGGAAGCAGUACAAGCAGGAGAAGGAAAGACGUGAAGAGGACGCACAGGGAGACGCGACAGAUUCCCACGAGCAGCCUCCAGAAGACAACCAAACCGAAGAGAAUGCCGAAAGCAUUGAUGUCGUGGACGGGCAAUCGACCAUUUCGGAGGGUGCCAGCACUGUUGCAAGUGCUGCCCCAAGCCAGGAUGAUGAUAGUGACCGCACUGAACACGUGGAGUCUGAAGAAAAGCAGCCUGAGAUUAACCAGGAUGGGCUUAAUGGGUUUUCCCAGGAGGUUUCCAAGUGUGCCGAGACGGUGCUUAAACAACUGCUGCGCGUUAACGUCCCUGUGCCAGCAAGCCACGUCAAGGAGACGGUGACCCUCUCUCACUCAAGGCCUGGCUCUGUGAAACAGCUUGGUAUUCAAAUACAAGAUUCCCAAGAUUAUCCGCAGCAAGGGACACAGCCAAAACAGGCUCGCACACCUCGCUCUAAAAUGCAACCAAAACUGCUGCACUCUCCCGAAGACAAUCUGUACUACAGCCAGCUGCUGAGCAGCGCUGGCAAAGACGUCGCCCAGGCCUCUCCCAGUGUUCAGCUAAUGAAGAGAAAAUCACGUAAAACAAGGAGCCAAAUAAAAGUGCUGGAUGAGAAUGACCAGUAUUACCGUAUGGUGGUGGCUGGAGACACAUUCAGAAAGGCGCCAAGUCCAUCACAGGACACACCAAAUGGCAACUACUGACAGGGAAAACAUGACCUGCCAGAAGUGUGAAGAUUUGUAUUUGAGAAUACAGCAAUCUCCAGACGUCUUCACUAAUAUUAUCCGCCAUUUGUUAUUUUACUAUAAUACAGUACUUGAAUGUUAUUUUUAAAAAUGUAAAUGCACUUAGAUGUUUAGAAAUAUUAGACAAUUGUAAAAUGUUUUUUUUUUUUACAAAUGAGAAAAUAACUUCAGAAUAUAUAAUGUAAUUGUAAGUAGCUAUUUUUAAAUACAGGUACUGUAUACAUUGAAUAAAUCUGUCAUUGUCCUUAUGACAAAAUAUUUAAUUGUGCAUUUCUUUGCGUUUAUGGGAUGGUGAUUUAUUCAUGAUAGUAGAUGUUGAUUUCAUGGUGUGGUGGCUAUGAUGAAGGGGAUGAUAAUGGUUAUGGUUACGAUGAUGUGAAGUCAUUAUGGUGACAAUUGUGGUUCAUCAUACUUUUAUUUCAUCACCAGAUAGAAACAACCAUUUUAAGACAACAUGAACCGUGUCUUAUUUAUAACACAAUCUAUGGAAAACAAGUUAAAAUUUGCAUUUUGAAGUGGGCAUACAAAACAAAGUCCAAUUUGAGUAUUGAUAUAUAUACACACGUGUCAUAAAUAUAAAAUGUUUGUAAAAUUGUAAGAAGUUCCACAGUCUUGUUGAAGAUGUAUAAUUUGUAAUAAAAUUUAUUGAGGUGAUAGCUUCAAUACAUGCAGGAGAGGCGACGCUAAUAAAGUGGUUUGCGAUGUGAACGAACAUGACUGCCCAAAACUAAUAUUAACUCUUGGAACAGCACACCGCAACCCCGUAACAUACCUUAGGUCGCAAGGAUGUAUGUCUGGAAGAAGUCAGCCAGAGAGGACAGAAGGCAAUCUAUUAUUGAUCGCGUGGAAAAUGAAUUUUGCCCAAGUACUAUAAUUCCCACUUCAUCGAAAGUGAAUACACAUUUUCAUAAUUAAAGUUACAAUGAUGAGUAGAAUACAAUAACUAGUAUUUAAUAUGAUUUGAAGAGCUGAGUGAUGAGAUUUAAUUUAUCUUCAGUCCAAUUUGAUGCUGCUUUGUAUAAUACACGACCAUAAUCAGUUAGGUUGAAACAUAGAUGCAAAAAUUACUUGGUGUUUAAAUUACGCGAUGGUGAUGCUAAUCGUCUAAAUGUGCUGUGCUUGUGAAGGUGUGGUGGUUGUGAUGAAAAUGAUUGGGGUUGUUGAUUAUUGUGAUGUUAAUGUUGAAAUAUGGUGUAAAUGUUGACUCAUGAUGUGGUGGUGAUGAUUUUUGUUGUUCAUGUUUAGCUGUUCCAUCCUUAAUCUGGAAUGCUUUUGAUAACUUCUAUAUGUAAGUCCUCAAUUUGUAAGAGCCUGAAUGACUGCAUUAGAUACUGUAAUACUAAUUCGAACACUUCAUGGUUACAAAUGGCAAGCGUAACGUAACUUUUGGAUAUUCGUGUAUUUUAUAGAUUAUUACUGAUUGGAUGACUCUGAUGGCAAAUUUUAGAAAAUAAAAUGUUUUAAUCAAAAGCAACAUACCAAUGUGCUUCACGAAAAUGUGUAUGAAUGCAUACACUAAGAGAAAAACCAUGGAUCUGAAAGCAAAUGCAACUUAGAGAUAUCCUAUUGAUUGCUAGGAAAAAUAGACUUGGGAUGAUGGACGAUGAACUAUUGACAAUAGCAGACAAAAGAGGGGACAUCGAAGGGAUGAUGGACAAAAUUGGUGACGGAAUGGCAGCCAUAAAAAGGGAACGUGGCCAAGAAAACCAUCAGAGAUAAACUAAUUAAAUUAGAUGGCUUAUGGCAUCGCAAAUCAGGGAAGGUUAUGGGGGAGGCCUUCAUCCAGCAGUUGAUUUGAUGGUGUUUAUGUGAUAGUUGUAUUACUGGUGAUGCUGGUGGUAAUAACAUCGUGGUUAUAUUACUAUCAUGUCCGUGGAGAUUGUAAAAAGGCAUUGUAGUCCUGUUUAUGGUAGUAAUCCUCAAAGACGUGGAGUGUAGGGGAACCUUCUGGCAGAUCCCCUGUAAUUUGCGGCACACGACAAAACAUACUCCUAAAACACGUGACUGUAAUUUGCAGACUUUUGUCUACUCUUGGUGGAAGAAAAAAAACUCCCAGAUUUGGGGAUCUUCUCCAAAGCGGAUUUUGGGAGUUACCACGAACUGUGGUGGCACCCCACAAUGUUUUGGCCUUCGCGGAUUGUAGCGUGGAUAAUUUGAGUUUUACUCCACGGUACAGUACUCUAUUGUGAUGGCCAUGGUGAUAUCGUGCAGGUGUUGAUGCAAUGUUGGUCUUUUUAUGGCGAACUGUUCAUGAUAACAGGGGAGAUCAUCUUAGGAGGUGGUGACACCCUAAUUACAGUGGUAAAUGUGAGGAAUCCCUGAUAAUGUUGGCAGUCAUGGGGCAGUGGCAGCGUAUUCCCCACUUGUAGCAAGGUUCACGGUUCGAAUUCGACAGUCGCCUUGGUUAAUUCUGCGGGUGUAUUAACCAACAAAAAACACGCCGUCAGCUUCAGUGGAUGUUUAAGAUCCCGCGACGUAAUUCACAAUAGUUAAGCCACGGACCAAUUUGUCAACAAAAAGUAAAGUUAUCCGCUAAUUAGUCAAUUGCGUUAAAAGCAAAAUUGAUGUGCUUUUGUGGCCGUCUGGAACGCUCUUCCGAUAUUAG